GUGCAGCGCCCUCGUGCGGCGGGCGGCGUGCUCUGCACCGCACUCGGCGCCUGCCUCUCGGGCCGGGAUCUCUAUGGGGCGACCGGCGAUGCGAUGAGCCCGGGCGGGAGCCGGACCGGGGCAAGCGCCGCGCACGGGCAGCGGGGCUCCUCCAUGGGGGCUCUGCCGCAGUAGGAGCGGCGUCUCCCCGGGGUGCGAUCCGCCACCCCCCCUCCCCCUCGGGCCUCCUGAGGAGGAUGGCGACGGCGGCCGCCCCGACCCAGCUCGAAGCCGAGCUCUACUACCUGAUCGCCCGGUUUCUGCAGUCCGGACCCUGCAAGAAAUCCGCCCAGGUGCUGGUGGAGGAGCUGGAGGAGCACCAGCUGAUCCCCCGGCGCCUGGACUGGCAGGGCAAGGAGCACCGCCGGAGCUUCGAGGACCUGGUGGCUGUGAAUGCGCACAUCCCCCCGGAUUAUCUUCUUAGGAUUUGUGAGAGACUUGGACCCCUUUUAGACAAGGAAAUCCCACAGAGUGUCCUAGGUGUGCAGACUUUGCUAGGUGUCGGGCGCCAGUCUCUACUGAGGGCAGCAAAAGACUUCAGACAUACGCUAUGGAAAGGAUCUGCAUUUGCAGCUCUCCACAGAGGCCGGCCUCCCGAACUACCUGUAAAUUAUGGGAAACCACCAAACGUGGUAAAUAUAAUUUCUGCCAGGCAAUUAACUGGAUGUGGACGUUUCAGCCACUUGUUCCCAACAUCUACUUACCAACACAUGAAGAUGCACAAGAGGAUUUUGGGGCAUCUCUCAUCUGUUUAUUGUAUAGCCUUUGAUCGCAGUGGGAGAAGGAUUUUUACGGGGUCAGAUGAUUGUUUGGUCAAAAUCUGGGCUACAGAUGAUGGGCGCCUGCUCUCAACAUUGCGAGGACACUCAGCUGAAAUAUCUGACAUGGCUGUUAACUACGAGAACACGCUGCUUGCUGCAGGCAGUUGUGAUAAAGUAGUCCGAGUAUGGUGUCUUCGAACCUGUGCCCCAGUCGCAGUGCUGCUGGGCCAUUCAGCUUCCAUUACUUCCAUACAGUUCUCUCCAGCAAGGAAAGGAACAACACGAUACCUCACUUCUACUGGUGCUGACGGAACAAUCUGUUUCUGGCAGUGGCAUGCUAACACCAUGAAAUUUAAGGAUCGUCCUGUAAAAUUUGCAGAGAGGUCCAGGCCUGGGGUUCAGAUAUCUUGUUCAUCUUUCAGUUCCGGUGGCAUGUUCAUUGCAACAGGCAGUACCGACCACGUGAUAAGAAUUUAUUAUUUGGGCUCAGAAUCGCCAGAGAAAAUGGCCGAGUUAGAAUCUCAUACGGACAAAGUGGUUGCAGUCCAGUUUUGUAACAAUGGUGACAGCUUAAGAUUUGUCAGUGGAAGCAGAGACGGAACAGCAAGGAUAUGGCACUAUCAGCAGCAAGAUUGGAAGAGUGUGGUCCUGGAUAUGGCUACUAAAAUGACAGGAAACAAUGUAGCAUCUGGGGAGGACAAAGUGACUAAACUGAAGGUUACUAUGGUGGCUUGGGAUAGAUACGAUGCCACUGUCAUCACUGCGGUCAACAAUUUCCUUCUCAAAGUGUGGAACUCAUCCACAGGGCAGCUUCUUCAUAGCUUAUCUGGUCAUGAUGAUGAAGUUUUUGUUCUGGAGGCCCAUCCGUUUGACCAAAGGAUUGUACUGUCAGCAGGUCAUGAUGGAAAUAUUUUUGUUUGGGAUAUAGACAAAGGAACAAAAAUUCGCAAUUACUUUAACAUGAUUGAGGGACAAGGCCAUGGAGCUGUUUUUGAUUGCAAGUUCUCACCAGAUGGACAGCAUUUUGCCUGCACAGACUCUCAUGGACAUCUGCUACUAUUUGGUUUUGGAUGCAAUAAAUAUUAUGAAAAGAUUCCAGAUCAGAUGUUCUUCCAUACGGAUUACCGACCACUGAUCCGUGAUGCAAAUAACUAUGUGUUGGAUGAACAGACUCAACAGGCUCCACAUCUUAUGCCUCCUCCAUUCUUGGUGGAUGUUGAUGGAAAUCCUCAUCCCACGAGAUUCCAGCGGCUUGUACCAGGGAGGGAAAAUUGCAAGGAUGAGCAGCUUAUUCCUCAGCUGGGAUAUGUAGCUAAUGGUGAUGGUGAAGUAGUUGAACAAGUCAUUGGGCAGCAAACUAAUGACCAGGAUGAGAGUAUCCUUGAUGGAAUGAUCAGAGAGCUACAGAGGGAACAAGAUCUGAGAUUAAUUAAUGAAGGAGAAACUCUUCCAAGCCCUCCACUCAAUAGAUCCCACUCUGUAAAUGGAGCUCUUCGAAGUCCAGGUUUGGAUGUUGCAUCUCCACCAAACGUUGGUCUCCGGAGAAGUGGUCAGAUUGAAGGGGUCCGUCAAAUGCAUCACAAUGCUCCCCGCAGUCAAAUGGCAACUGAGAGAGAUCUCAUGGCAUGGAGCAGGAGAGUAGUGGUGAAUGAGCUUCCUCCAGGCAUAAGCAAGGUCCAGGAAGAAUGUCGAGCUGCCAAAGGUGAAAUUGAAAUUAGUUUAUACACUGUCGAAAAGAAGAGAAAGCCAUCCCACACCUUACAGCGGAACGAUUACCAGCCGGGAAGUGGAAGGUCUUUGAGAAGAAACCAACGCAAGCGCCAGCAUGCCUACCAAACACGCUCCACCAUAGAACACAGUCAGCAAGGCGCAAGUCAAAAUGCCUGUGCACGAGGAGAAUCAGACAGCUCCUCAGAGGAAGAUGAGACUGUUGGCACAAGUGAUGCAUCUAUGGAUGAUCCUGUGGCAGCAUGGCAAAGUGAAAGCAGUUCCAGUGAUUCAUCAAGUGAGUAUUCUGACUGGACAGCAGAUGCUGGAAUUAAUCUCCAGCCUCCAAAGAGACAGACCAGGCAGGCAGCUCGGAAAAUCUGUAGUAGUUCUGAAGAUGAAAAUAUGAAGGGAACAAAAGAACUGGAGCCAAAACGAAGGAAACUUAAACAGCCUAGAAAAAAGAAACCAAGUGGACUGCUUUCGAUGGAAGGUGAACCCAGUGAAGAAUGGCUUGCCCCUCAGUGGAUCCUGGAUACUAUACCCCGCCGCUCACCUUUUGUCCCACAAAUGGGAGAUGAGAUCAUAUACUUCAGGCAAGGCCAUGAAGCUUACGUGCGGGCAGUAAGGAAAGCAAAAAUUUACAGUAUUAACAUGCAAAAACAACCAUGGAACAAAAUGGAACUCAGGGAACAAGAAUUUGUGAAGACUGUAGGAAUUAAAUAUGAAGUUGGGCCUCCUACACUCUGCUGCUUGAAGCUUGCAUUCCUAGAUCCAAUCACAGGCAAGAUGACAGGAGAAUCAUUUUCAAUAAAGUACCAUGAUAUGCCAGAUGUUAUUGACUUCCUUGUGCUGCAUCAGUUUUAUAAUGAAGCCAAAGAAAGGAACUGGCAAAUAGGGGAUAGAUUUCGCAGUAUAAUAGAUGAUGCUUGGUGGUUUGGAACUGUGGAGAGUCAGCAGCCUUUCCAGGCAGAAUAUCCAGAUAGUUCCUUCCAGUGCUACUGUGUUCACUGGGACAAUAAUGAAAGAGAGAGGAUGAGUCCAUGGGACAUGGAACCGAUUCCAGAAGGAACUGCGUAUCCGGAGGAGGUUGGUGCUGGAGUUCCUGUGACUCCAGAUGAGCUGACAGCUCUUCUUUACAAACCCCAGGAAGGAGAAUGGGGGGCCCAUUCCAGAGAUGAAGAAUGUGAACGAGUAAUCCAGGGGAUUGAGCAACUUCUUUCCCUUGACAUUUCUAAUCCCUUUGCUGUUCCAGUGGACCUUAGUGCCUAUCCCAUGUAUUGCACUGUUGUUGCUUAUCCAACUGACCUCACCACAAUCAGGAGGAGACUUGAAAACAGGUUUUAUAGGAGAAUCUCUGCCCUGAUGUGGGAGGUACGAUACAUAGAACAUAACGCCAGAACCUUCAAUGAGCCAGACAGUCCUAUAGUCAAAGCAGCCAAAAUUGUAACGGAUGUCUUACUUCACUUCAUCGGGGAUCAGAGUUGUACUGAUAUAUUAGAAAUAUAUAACAAGGUGAAAGCAGAAGAUCUAAGCAGUACUGAUGAAGAGGAGGAGGUGGCAGAAGUAGAUGAAGAUUCAGAUGCUCCAGGAACUUCCUCUGGAAAAAGACGAGUAAGACGACGAAUAAAAAGGCAGCCCAUGAAAGCAAGUCCUGAUGCUUGGAAAGAACAAUGCAAGCAGUUGUUAAACCUGAUUUAUGAAAGAGAGGACUCUGAGCCUUUUAGACAGCCAGUUGAUCUCUUCUCCUACCCUGAUUAUCGAGAUAUUGUAGACACUCCUAUGGACUUCAGCACUGUGAAAGAAACGUUGGAAGCAGGAAACUAUGUUAGUCCCUUGGAAUUCUACAAAGAUAUUCGUUUAAUAUUCUGCAACUCUAAAGCUUACACUCCUAAUAAAAAGUCUCGAAUUUACAGCAUGACGCUUCGACUAUCUGCCUUAUUUGAAAAUCAUAUGAAAAAUAUCAUCUCUGAGUACAAGUCAGCAAUGCAAUGUCAGAAGAGGAAAAGGACACGGUACCGAAAACGGCUAAGAAGCAGUAGCAGUUCACCCUCAACUAGCAGAGCAUCUAGCCCAAAAGGGAAACAGAAACAAAUGAAGAUUCAACCUAAACCCAGCCAGAAUACCUCACUGCCUUUGACUAGGACUAGCUCUUCAGUUUCAUCUCAUGUUUCAGAUACAGCAGAAGAACCUCUGGGAUCAGCUAUUGGUGAAGAUAUGGAAGGUCAGCCAUCGUCCUCAGGCUCAAAUGCACAGAACCGAAGUGGAAAUACCAUUGACCCAGGGAAAAGUAGACCAGUCAGGAGUAAAUCUACGCCAGUGAAACAAGAUCACUCUCCUGACGGACCACUUACAAAUGGUGAUGGCAGAGAACUUCGGACAGGAGUCAAGAGGAAGUUAGUAAGUGCAUCAGAAGAAGAUGAGCACCUGGAGGAGGUGGAGGAAGAGGAAAAGAAAAAGAGAGAAUUAAAGGAAAAAUCUGGUUUAUCUUCAUCAGAAAGCGGGGAGUCGGGAUCCAGUUCAAGUUCUGAAAGCAGAAGUGGCUCUGAUUCAGACUCUGAAUCAACAUCUAGAACAGAUCAGGAUUACAUUGAUGGAGACCAUGACUACAGCAAAGUUGUGCAAUCCAAAAAACCCAAAAGAAAAAUCAAAAGAAAACUCAGCGGUGGGAAACGGAAUUGGCAGGGCAGAGGGACAGGGAGGAGAGGUAGAUGGGGGAGGUGGGGGAGAUGGAGCAGAGGGGGAAGAGGUGGUAGAGGUGGAAGAGGCUGUGGCAGAGGACGAGGUGGUGGCAGGGGAGGAAGAAGAGGCCGAGGAGGCCGAGGAGCCUCACGAGGAGCCACCAGAGCGAAACGUGCCCGAAUUACAGAUGAUGAGUUUGAAAACCUGUUUGGAGGGCAGUUUGGUGAGAACGUGUUUGGAGGGCGGUUCAGCAGACCGCCUCGAAUCAAAACAAGGAACGAGGGCAGGAGAACUGUCUUGUACAACGACGAUUCUGAUAAUGACAAUUUUGUGCACACCGAGGAUCCGUUGAACCUUGGUACUUCCAGGUCAGGCAGGGUGCGGAAAAUGACAGAAAAAGCCAGGGUCAGCCAUCUCAUGGGAUGGAACUAUUGACAGAUGAAAAACUUUGGAACAAUUUUAAAAAAGAACUUCAAUGGCCUUCUACUGCAGGGAUUUUACCAGAAAAAUCUACCAAGCAAGUUGUGCGGGGACUCCACUCACCUUUCACAGUGGUGCUUUUCCAUUCUGUCAGUUUGUGUUUGUUUUAAAACUUCAGAUCGCCACACUUCAUUGGUCAAAACAAGCCUUAUUCAUUAGGCCUUAAAUUACAGAAAUUCUUCCCCACACACUACAAGUUCAUCACAUUAAAGAGGCUUCCAGCUUCUCAAUAAGAACAUGACAUUUUGAAUCACAAUUACAACUUCUCUCCCUUGUUUUGUUUUUGUAUUAUAGAAAUAGCACCUUCUUACAGAGUUUUUAUGUGGUUUCUGCCAUAAAUCCUUAUACACAGUAAUAAUUAUGACUUUUGCACAAUACACCAAUCCUAAAGGCAGCUAUAAAAUGUUUACAGUUUCUAUAUUGUAAGAAGGAUCUGGAUUAUUUUAAUCUUCCCAGGCCAAAUGUUCAUGAAUUGUGCUGAACUGAAGUAUGUCUAUACUACAGUUACGGGGGUCCUGAUGUGCUUUCUAUCGGUUCUUUAUUCAUGUAAAAAGUGAAAAAGGGUUGGUGCCUUGUAAAUAUGUAGCAAACCUUUGAUGUGGUGUGUCCUAUGUGUGCAUUAACUUUAUUAAAAAGAGAAUACUUGAGAAGUAUGAAUAUCUAGACAAAAGGUGCCAAAUGCAAAAGUUACUUGCAUCUAUUUUCUUUUUGUCCUCUCAUAUUUUUAUAGUAUUAAUAGAGAUUGUGCAGCUAAGGGGUAACUUCAACAUUUGAAAGGUUCCUCCUCUUCAAAGCAUAACGUGAUUUUUGAUAGUAGCUCAGCUACCUCUAUUUACAACUACUGGAAACUUAAAGGAAAAUAGAUGCUAUUAUUCAGUACAUGUUGAAGAAGAGGCAAGAAGGAGCAUAGAGGGCUAGAAUGGCUUGCGAAGUUGUGGAGUAACUGUAUCUUCAUUAUAUUGACACAAUGAAAACAGAUCGAAGUCGUUAUCGGAGUUUUCAGAAGCAUGAUGUUAUCAGCAGAUGGUGAUUUGUUUGUGUAGACAGGCUGACUGCCUCCCACAUGUUUCUGCUGCCACUUGCUUGGUGCAAAUCUGUGUGUGGUUUAAUUCGCCCCUCAAAGGUGAUGAGGGAGUUGAAGGGAGCUGUGGUGCUCUGGUGGCAGUAUGGAGAAGCUCCUGGUCACUUCCUCCAGAUGAACUCUUGUGUCUAAAGCUUCCAGAAGAAAAUUCGUGUUGCACUGUACUCUUGUUAAAAUGCUAACUUGAAAACAGAAAUUGUUUUGGUAGUAAUAGUACAGUAUGUGACAAUGUUUGUAGUCUUGCUCUUUGAUGAACAGAAAGGUGCUUGGCAUGGACUGAGCUGAGGAUGAGUGGCCUCUUGCUUUGUAGGCUGGAAUAUAUAUGGGACUUCAGUUUUCUCCCGUUGUCUAAAUGAGUCUGACAGUUCUCACUUGGUUCAGAGAGUGAGUUAGAUUACAUAGAGAGAAGAAAUCCAAAAAGAGAUUAGAAAGUUUUGGUGGAGUUUUUCCAAGUUUUUGGUUUUCUUAAACUUUCAUCCAGUAUCCUUAAGUUCUUCCGUGCACAGCUUGGUCAAUAAUUCUGGAAAACCUCAGGCAGCAAAGAGUGACCCAUGUAUAUUCUCAGAUGCAGAAGGAGUUUAAUUUUUGACUUUCUAUAUUAAGCACUAGCUAUUUUAUCUCGCUUUCCAAAAACUCUAGUUAGAUGCAAAAUGACUUGAAAAAAUGCAGAGGUUUAGUUUUGUGAAGGAGGAGAGUAUAUCCUAAAUCACUCAGAGCAUUAGUAUGAGUUUAUGGUACAGGACAAAAAAAUCACACUUUUAAUUUUGUAACAAAUGUUUUGAAUUGGCCGUGAUCUGUUUCUGGACUUAAUUUAGUUGUGUUUUGAUGGGAGGGUGAGGAAGUGCAGAGACUCUCCUAGUUCUGUAUUGGGCUUUAAAAUAUAAACACCUGUCCUAUCAUCUCUCUCAUAUAUAUGUAUAUAUAUACACACAUAUAUAUUUAUAAGAAAUGUAUUAUUUGUUCAACUGAUUGGUCCUUCUACAUAUGGUAACCAGGAAUAGCAUGUAUGCAUCAGUUCAUAGUCAGAUUCACACCCCUUCUAGAUCAGUCCCGUUGAGCUCAUGUAGACACUAUGGUUUCUGUUCUAAAGCCUGAAAAUCUUGAAAUGCAGAAGAAAUGCUUUUCCUAUAUUUCUGACUGGCCGAAGAUCCACUUAUUUAUUUUGUGUAGGGGUUGGGGAGAGAGAAAACGUGGAUUCCAGAGAAAUCAUUUUAUAAGUUUGUGUAUUUUAGCAGCAAUUAGAAUAAUAUUAAAUAUGUUCUUAAAUGUA